AUGAAUUUGGAUAUUCGCCAUGAUCCUUUCAGUGAUGACUCUGAAGAAAUGUCCUUAAACCUAGAAGAGGUAGACUCUCUCGAAGCCAUUGUUAUCAUCGACAAUGAGCUAGAUCCGCUCUCUCCCCCAGCCCCGGGCACUGUCCAAAUCUCGGGGAAUCUGGGGGCAAUUGGCAUGGGCUCAAAGCAUACAUUGACAGACCGUGGGGAAGCCUGCAAGGAAUUGAGGCUGGAAGAUGUCUGUUGCGCAGCACAUGGCUUGUCAAUUCUGGUGACUGCCACUAAAGGCGACAAGAAGCACACUAUUCUCUUCGAUGCUGGUCCUGAAGAGGAGGCUUGGGAGAGAAAUGUGAAGCGGCUGCGACCAAGUCUCUCCUCUGUGGAGGUGAUUCAUCUAUCACAUUGGCAUCGAGACCACUCCGGUGGUCUUCUGCGAGCAAUCAGCAUGAUAAAGGAUGCCAAACGAGCCGAGAGCCACUCUGAAGACCUGGUCGCGGACUUGCACCCAGACCGACCGGCCUAUAGAGGUAUUGCUCUGCCCGAGCAUAUCAUUUCCCUCGAGGCUGAUCCUACCUUUGAGGAGAUUAAAAGCGCAGGUGCGGUGGUCGACAAGCGGAGUGAGCCACACACCGUACUUGAUGACUUCUUUCUCGUCUCUGGGGAGAUUCCACGAGUGACGCCGUAUGAGACAGGUCUGAAGAAUGCAGUGCGAUAUGACCCUGAUGAGAAUGACUGGUUCUCUGACGAAGUUAUCCUCGAUGAGCGUUCCCUCAUCUGCAAUCUCAAGGGUAUAUGCUCCUUAAACCCCGCUCACAGCGUUAUUGAGCUAACAUGUUCUUUAGGAAAGGGUCUUGUUGUCUUCACUGGAUGUAGCCACGCUGGGGUAGUCAACACCACCAAACACGCCGUCGAACUGACUGGUGGGGGAUUACCCGUCCAUGCCGUCGUCGGUGGGUUUCAUCUCGCCACAAGCGAUGCGGAACAAAUCCAAAACACCGUCGCCGAUCUCAAACGGCUCGAUCCCGCCGUACUCAUGCCGGGUCACUGUUCGGGCUGGCGGGCCAAGUUUGCGAUUGAGAAACACAUACCCGGGUCAUUGGUGCCCUGCACCGUCGGAUCAAGAAUCACAUUCUGA